AUUAAUAUCACAAUAUUUGAAAACCAUUGCAAUACGCAAUAGCCUCUGACUCAUCUCGCUCUUCAAGUUUUUCCCUUUCUCUCUGCAAAAGGAAAACGGAAGUAGUGGGUUGAUUUUUCUGGGCAUAAAAAUUUGUGGGGUUUAUCAAAAUUUGCAUCUUUUUGCAGAAGAAAAUUGAUCACAAAGUAGAAUCAAUACUUGGUAAUUCUUGUAUUGGUAUUGGAUAAUGAUCGUGAAGGGUGGGGAUGAUGCUGGUGGUGUUGGGUUUGGAGGAGGAGGAGGGAAAUUGUUAAGGGGGUUUGGAAGCUUGAUUAGGAGGAAGCAAGUUGAUUCUGUUCAUGUUAGGGGCCAUGCUCAAUUGGCUAGGAAGUUAUCUGCUGUUGAUCUUGUUGGAAUCGGGGUUGGAGCUACGAUAGGGGCUGGAGUUUAUAUUCUCAUAGGAACAGUUGCUAGAGAGCAGGCAGGACCAGCACUCGUAAUAUCACUUCUUAUUGCAGGAAUAGCUGCUGCGCUAUCAGCUUUGUGUUAUGCAGAGCUUGCAUGUCGAUGCCCAUCUGCAGGGAGUGCUUAUCAUUAUACAUACAUAUGCAUUGGAGAAGGGGUUGCUUGGUUGGUUGGUUGGUCCCUAAUUCUAGAAUAUACAAUUGGUGCUUCGGCUGUUGCUCGUGGCAUAACCCCGAAUCUGGCCUUGUUUUUUGGUGGUCAGGAGAACCUACCUGUAUUUUUGGCUCGUCAUACCUUGCCAGGUCUUGGAAUUGUGGUUGAUCCAUGUGCAGCUGCAUUAAUUCUUUUUGUUACCCUACUCUUGUGCCUUGGAAUCAAGGAGAGCGCAAUGGCACAAUCUAUUGUGACAACAGUAAAUGUCAUUGUCAUGCUUUUCAUCAUUAUAGUUGGUGGAUAUCUAGGUUUCACGUCUGGAUGGGUUGGAUAUGAACUCCCUAGCGGGUAUUUUCCAUAUGGAGUGAAUGGAAUGUUUGCUGGGUCCGCAAUAGUUUUCUUUUCAUAUAUUGGUUUUGAUUCAGUGAGCAGCACCGCUGAGGAGGUAAAAAACCCUCAACGAGAUUUGCCAAUUGGCAUAUCAACUGCCUUAGCUAUAUGUUGCAUUCUAUAUAUGCUUGUAGCUGCAGUUAUUGUUGGCUUAGUACCGUAUUACGAGUUAAACCCUGAUACCCCAAUCUCCUCAGCAUUUUCUAGCUAUGGGAUGGACUGGGCAGUGUAUCUAAUAACGACUGGAGCUGUCACUGCUCUUUUUUCCAGUUUGUUGGGUUCUGUUCUUCCUCAGCCACGAGUCUUUAUGGCAAUGGCUAGGGAUGGUUUGUUACCCUCUUUCUUCUCAGACAUCCACAGACGCACACAGAUCCCUUUGAAAAGCACUAUUGUUGUUGGUGUCUUUGCAGCAGCACUCGCAUUCUUCAUGGAUGUUUCUCAGUUAGCAGGGAUGGUUAGUGUGGGAACGUUGCUUGCAUUUACCACCGUUGCAGUUUCAGUUUUGAUAAUCAGAUAUGUUCCACCUGAUGAGGUACCCAUUCCAUCUUCACUUCUAUCAUCUGUUGAUCCGUUAGUGAGCCAUUCUGGUGGUGAUACUGAGGAAGAUAGGGCCAUGAGCUCCGUAGAUCUUUCUAAUUAUUAUGAGAAUAAUCACCUACGUGACAAGUCAGAGUUUCUGCUUGGACAUCCUUUAAUCAUAAAAGAAGUAACUAAAGAUGAACAGAUUGAGAAAAGUAGGCGCAAACUUGCUGCAUGGGCCAUAGCCUUUCUAUGUAUAGGGAUUCUCAUUGUUGCUGGUGCAGCUUCUGCUGAAAGUUGUCCCAGGAUUUUGCGCUUCACAUUGUGUGGAAUGGGAGCAAUUCUUCUUUUGUGCAGUUUAAUUGUGCUGGCCUGCACAGAGCAAGACGAUACAAGGCACAGCUUUGGACACUCAGGAGGUUUUGCUUGCCCAUGUGUUCCAUUCUUACCUGCUGCCUGCAUUCUUAUAAACACCUACUUACUAAUUGAUCUUGGAGCUGCUACAUGGCUUCGAGUUUCUGUAUGGUUGCUCAUAGGAGUUCUUAUAUACUUGUUCUAUGGCCGCACUCACAGCUCACUGUUAAAUGCAAUCUAUGUUCCCUCAGCAUAUGCUGAUGAGAUCCAUCGUUCUCAAGCAAAUCAUUUAGCCUAGUUACCAGAGUUACCACAGGUCUCUAUUCAUUUCUCACCUUGCAUAUCUUCACCAACUUGUAAAUGUCCUAUUGUAAAGCCAAGACUUCGUUUCCUGUAUCAGAUGGAUGAUAACUACCAUUGUUUAAUUGUUUAUUUAAACAUGUGGUAUCAUAUAGUUCGCAGUAUGAAGAAAAUGUAAUAUAUUGAAAGUAAGGUACGUGGGAAUUUCCUUGUAA